UGUCGUAGCGCCGCAAUCACUGAAGCAAAUGCCCGCGCAAAGACCGGAAAUGCGUCAAACCGGAAGAGUCUGAAUAUCGCGGGGGCUGCAGAAAGAGCGCUGAGGUUAUCUACUGAGAGAAGAGUCAUGCCAAGGACGCGAGUUACCAGACGAACCAAUAAGAGCAGAAGCCCCCCAGGUGAUGAGCCGGUUCAGUUGGAUAAUGAAGUUGUAGAGAUUCAACAGAAAGCCACAGCUCCAACCAUGGAUAAGUUCCGGGAGGAUUUUAAAUUAUUGAAAGAGGAAAACGGGCUUCUGAAAGAGGAGAACCGGCUUCUAAAAGAAGAGCGGGAUUUCCUUAGGGAGAAAGCUUGCAACCUAGUAAAGACUGGACCCUCAACAACUUCAAAAGGGUCUCACAAAAAGACGGUUAUGGAUUCUUCAGACUCUUCAACAUCUGACUCUGAGUCGGACUCCUCUUCUGAAAGAGGGAACAGGAAGAGAAAGCAGAAGAAGAAGAAGAAGAAACCCCACACAGCAUUUGGAAAAAGAGGUGACUCAUAUAAUAAAAAAAAGAAGGCUCACAACUAAAUUACAUUUGUAUGU